CACCGAAAAAUUCAUAUCCUCCAAAUAAAUACCAGAUUCUUCUGCCCUUCUCAUUCACAUCGUUGGCGUCGCCUCUCUCUCUCUCUCUCUCUCUCGUAUCACUCACUUUCUCUCUCAUCGCCAUGCAGUCCCUCCAAUCCCCCACUCUCCGGCCUGCUCCAUUCGACCCGAUUCGGAAACGGGACCCCCAUUUCCCUAGUAUCACUACCAAAACCUCCACCUCCUCCGGGCGAAUCUCAUUCAUCUCCGCCUCUUCCGCCCCUGCCGUGUCCGCCCCUAAACGUGAGACGGACCCGAAGAAGCGGGUCGUCAUCACCGGAAUGGGCCUCGUCUCCGUCUUCGGCAACGACAUCAAUACUUUCUACGACAAGCUCCUCGCCGGGGAGAGCGGCGUCGGGCCGCUCGACCGGUUUGAUGCGUCUAAGUUUUCGACCCGGUUCGGGGGCCAGAUCCGCGGGUUCUCAUCGGAGGGGUACAUUGAUGGGAAGAACGAUCGACGGCUCGACGAUUGCCUUCGGUACUCCCUUGUUGCUGGGAAGAAAGCUCUCGAGGAUGCUGGUCUUGGCGCCGAUAACCGAUCAAAGCUUGAUAAAUCACGGGCUGGGGUGCUUGUUGGAUCGGGAAUGGGUGGUCUUACUGUCUUUUCUGACGGUGUUCAUGCACUGAUAGAGAAAGGUCACAGGAAAAUUACCCCCUUUUUCAUUCCUUAUGCUAUUACGAACAUGGGGUCUGCGUUGCUUGCUAUCGAUCUGGGUUUUAUGGGACCGAAUUAUUCCAUUUCAACUGCUUGUGCUACUUCAAAUUAUUGUUUCUAUUCUGCUGCAAAUCACAUUCGUCGGGGUGAAGCUGAUUUGAUGAUUGCUGGCGGAACUGAAGCUGCCAUAAUUCCUGUUGGGGUGGGAGGGUUUAUAGCAUGCAGGGCCUUGUCUCAGAGAAAUGAUGAUCCAAAAACGGCUUCCAGGCCAUGGGACAGAGAUAGAGAUGGCUUUGUUAUUGGCGAAGGUGCUGGAGUAUUGGUAAUGGAGAGCUUGGAACAUGCAACAAAACGAGGUGCUACAAUUAUUGCGGAGUACUUGGGAGGUGGUAUUAACUGUGAUGCUUAUCAUAUGACUGAUCCUAGAGCUGAUGGGCUUGGUGUAUCUACGUGCAUACAGACAUGCCUCGAAGAUGCUGGUGUAUCGCCCGAGGAGGUUAACUACAUCAAUGCACAUGCAACUUCUACCCUUGCUGGUGACCUCGCCGAGAUAAAUGCUAUAAAGAAGGUGUUCACGAACACUAAAGAUAUCAAGAUCAAUGCAACUAAGUCUAUGAUCGGACACUGUCUUGGUGCCUCAGGGGGUUUGGAAGCUAUUGCCGUCAUCAAAGCCAUAACAACAGGAUGGCUGCAUCCUUCCAUAAACCAAUUUAACCCAGAGCCUUCAGUGGAGUUUGACACUGUUCCCAAUGUAAAGCAGCAGCAUGAAGUGAAUGUUGCCAUAUCGAAUUCAUUUGGAUGGGGACACAACUCUGUUGUGGCCUUCUCUCCGUUCAAGCCCUGAUCAUUCGACUUGUUUUCAAGUUUUUUAGUAUACCAACGAUGCUUAGAGGAGAUCUUAAUUUAUUCAGAAAGGUUGUUCUCUAUUUUAUGGACGCUAGUCGUCGUUCGAUACCUAGUUCUGUGAGGAAACUAGUAGGAGAAUCAAUGUUUUGUUGUUCUUUUAUAUUAUGAGGUGGUUAGUAUGAAAUUGUUGUAUUAAAUGGAAAGGUUGUUUUGGUAUAUUCUUUGAAUUCUGAGUAUGGAUCACCAAUUUUGCA